AUGUGCAUUGCGGAAUGUUAUGCAAGGAUACUUGAUGCAAUUGAUGCAGAGGAGGCGCGCCUCGCGCGAAAUGGCGAACAUAAGCGGAUUCGAAUUUCUAGUAUUGGUGAUGGUAUUCCGUGUUAUCUUAACCCAUCUGAUGACACCUUUUCAGCAAAAGUCGCACCAGCGGAAUGGAGAAGUCUGAUGCGCAAUAUCGUCAAGACUGAGAUUUAUGGAGUGGACGAUAGUGCAAUGUGUUUUAUGAAGUUGGUUGAACUGUUGGAGUUGCGCCAGACGCGCUGGCAUCAGGAUCCGCCUGCAUUUGAUUGCCCACCUUCUUAUCGUUCGACAUGCCAGGUUCCGGACAGAAUACCGACCUGUCUCCUUAUCGUCGGUGAUGUUAGGAAGCUUAUUGAUUUUUAUGCCCUGUAG